CUCGGUGGAGGGCCUGGAAGAGCCGGGAGAUUACGGGGCGGGGACGCUGUGUCGCGCUUGGCGGCUCGUGGGGCAGCCGGGACCUCGGACGUGCGGGCGCGGGAGGGAGGCGACCCCCGGCCCCGGAUUGGCGACCCGGAGCUCGGGACUGGGGAAGAAAUCUCCGGCAGGACAGAGACCCCUCUGAGCUGAGGGCGCCAUGGCUACAUCAGCCCCACUGCGGAGCCUGGAAGAAGAGGUGACCUGCUCCAUCUGCCUUGAUUACCUGCGGGACCCCGUGACCAUAGACUGUGGCCACGUCUUCUGUCGCAACUGCACCACUGAUGUCCGCCCUAAUUCUGGGGGCCGCCCUGUCUGCCCACUCUGCAAAAAGCCCUUUAAGAAGGAGAACAUCCGGCCUGUGUGGCAGCUGGCAAGCCUGGUGGAGAACAUCGAGCGGCUGAAGGUGGACAAGGGCCGGCAGCCAGGAGAGGGAGCCCAGGAGCAGCAGGACACAAGGUUGUGUGAGCGGCACCAGGAGAAGCUGCACUACUACUGUGAGGACGACGGCAAGCUGCUGUGUGUGAUGUGCCGCGAGUCCCGGGAGCACCGGCCCCACACGGCUGUCCUCGUGGAGAAGGCCGCCCUGCCCCACAGGGAGAAAAUCCUGAACCACCUGAGUACCCUAAGGAGAGACAGAGACAAAAUUCAGGGAUUUCAGGCCAAGGGAGAAGCUGACAUCCUGGCUGCGUUGAAGAAGCUGCAGGACCAGAGACAGUACAUCGUGACAGCAUUUAAGCAGGGCCAGCAGUUUCUGAAGGAGCGGGAGCAGCACCUGCUGGACCAGCUGACGAAGCUAGAGCAGGAGCUCCUGGACGGCCGGGAGAAGUACAAGACCCGGGGCGUCGGAGAGCUCACGCGGCUGGCGCUGGUCAUCUCAGAGCUGGAAGGCAAGGCACGGCAGCCAGCGGCAGAGCUCAUGCUGGACACCAGAGACUUCCUGAACAGGUAUCCACGGAAGAAGUUCUGGAUCGGGAAACCCAUUGCUAGGGUGGUUAAGAAGAGGACUGGCGAAUUCUCAGAUAAGCUCCAAUCUCUGCAGCGAGGCCUGAGAGAAUUCCAGGGGAAACUGCUGAGAGACUUGGAGUAUAAGACAGUGAGUGUCACCCUGGAUCCACAGUCGGCUAGUGGGUACCUGCAGUUGUCAGAGGACUGGAAGUGUGUGACCUACAGCAGCCUGUACCAGGGUGCCUACCUGCAUCCGCAGCAGUUUGACUGUGAGCCCGGGGUGCUCGGCAGCAAGGGCUUCACUUGGGGCAAGGUUUACUGGGAAGUGGAGGUGGAGAGAGAGGGCUGGUCUGAGGAAGAAGAGGAGGGUGACGAGGAAGAAGAAGGAGAAGAGGAAGAGGAGGAAGAGGAGGCUGGCUAUGGGGAUGGUUAUGAUGACUGGGAAACCGAUGAGGACGAAGAAUCCCUGGGAGAAGAAGAAGAGGAGGAGGAGGAUGACGAUGAGGAAGUUCUGGAGAGCUGCAUGGUGGGAGUGGCCAGAGACUCUGUGAAGAGAAAGGGAGACCUCUCGCUGCGCCCGGAGGACGGGGUGUGGGCCCUGCGCCUCUCCUCCUCGGGCAUCUGGGCCAACACAAGCCCCGAGGCUGAGCUGUUCCCCGCACUGCGACCCCGAAGAGUGGGCAUUGCCUUGGAUUAUGAAGGGGGCACCGUGACUUUCACCAAUGCUGAGUCACAGGAACUCAUCUAUACCUUUACUGCCACCUUCACCCGCCGCCUGGUCCCUUUCCUGUGGCUCAAGUGGCCAGGAACACGCCUGCUUCUGAGACCUUGAGUCCUGAGGCCUGCCUGGCCCUGACUGCGUCCAUAGCUGCUUCACUUCUCUGAGAUUCCUGAACUCUGACUGGGGGGA